AUGGUAAUCAAAGAUUUUUUACACCAUAUGCAACAAGCCAAUCGUUUACAUGAACUUUGUAAUCAAGAGGGUGAUUAUUUAGAAAAGGAUAUUUUCGCCGCUGUCAAUUCAGUUUCAGGUUCAUUAAAAGAUUUAUUCCAUGACUCUAAAGGUUCCUCAAGAUUAAUUGUAGUCCGGAAUUACAAAAAAAAUUGGUGCCUCACUCAAAAUCUAUUUGAAAGUGUACGUAUUCAAGGUGGUCAAUGUCAAGAUGAUGACGAUCGUAAGAGAUUGGCAAAUAAUUUAGCUUCAUUUAGAGGUGGUGUCAUUGCAUUGGAUGCAUUAGCUCAACAAGACGAUGCUGGUCAGGAAAAAGAAAAGAAAUAUUUAGAGAGUGGUUUCGACCUCGGUGAUAAUGCCGAAAGAGAAUUAUUAGCUGCUGCUAAAACCAUUGAAGAUACUGCCAAUUCUUUAUUGGCUGCAAAGUCAAAGAUAGAACCAAAGAAAGAAGGAGAUGCUCCUGAUGUCGCUGAAGCUAUUCUGGAAGCCGCUAUGGUAAUUACUAGUGCUUCAUCAACUUUGGUCGGUGCUGCGACAUUGGCUCAAAGAGAACGUGUCGAAAAAGGUAGAACUAGUAAUGGUGGUCCAAUGUAUAGAAAAUAUCCAACUUGGGCUGAAGGUGUAAUCUCUGCUGCUACCUCUCAACUUUUUUCCGCUUCUAAAUCUUAUAUUAAUAGUCAAUCACAACAUAAACUUACAAAUUCUACAAACUUAUUAGUUACCGCUGCAAAGGUUGCUUCAAAAGAAGAAAUUGAUUUCGAUGAAUUAUCUGCAACAGGUUUAAAGUUAAAUAAAUGGAACAAUAAAUGGCAAUUCUUAGAUUAUAAAAAGAAUUAG